UUUAUGCACAUAUAGAAUUCUACUUUGUAUCCCACAUACCUUCUUGUGAGUUGGCUGACUUGGAAGAUACAAAUUGUGAGAAGAAAUCACUUCUCCUAAACGCUGUUUGAAAUGAAAAUUCUACCUUUGGCCUAUUCAGCACAUGUAUUUUUACAUGCACAUAGAGAAUCCCACCUGGUUUCCCAGAUACAUCCUUGUGAGGUGGCUGACUUGGCAGAUACAAACUGUGAGAAGAGAUCACUCCUCCUAAAUGCUGUUGGAACUGAAAAUCAACCUGUGGCCUAUUCAGCACAUGUAUUUUUACAUGCACAUAUAGAAUCCUACCUGGUUUCCCAGCUACAUUCUUGUGAGGUGGCUGACUUGUCAGAUACAAACUGUGAGAAGAGAUCACUCCUCCUAAAUGCUGUUGGAACUGAAAAUCAACCUGUGGAAUCCUACCUGGUUUCCCAGCUACAUUCUUGUGAGGUGGCUGACUUGGCAGAUACAAACUGUGAGAAGAAAUCACUCCUCCUAAAUGCUGUUGGAACUGAAAAUCAACCUAUGUCCUAUUCAGCACAUGUAUUUUUACAUGCACAUANAGAAUCCUACCUGGUUUCCCAGCUACAUUCUUGUGAGGUGGCUGACUUGGCAGAUACAAACUGUGAGAAGAAAUCACUCCUCCUAAAUGCUGUUGGAACUGAAAAUCAACCUAUGGACUAUUUAGCACAUGUAUUUUUACAUGCACAUAGAGAAUCCUACCUGGUUUCCCAGCUACAUUCUUGUGAGGUGGAUGACUUGGCAGAAACAAACUGUGAGAAAAAAUCACACCUCCUAAAUGCUGUUGGAACUGAAAAUCAACCUAUGGAAUCCUACCUGGUUUCUCAGCUACAUUCUUGUGAGGUGGCUGACUUGGCAGAUACAAACUGUGAGAAGGGAUCACUCCUCCUAAAUGCUGUUGGAACUGAAAAUCAACCUUUUGAAAAGGCUCAUGGUUCUGUGUCCAAGAUAUGUACCACCUCCAAGCUUGGUGACAUGGCCAUGUACUGGAUAGCUGAAAGGAAUGGCGAGCAUCUCAGAAAACUCAUAUAUCAGUGGGCCCAGUAA